AUAAAAACGGAGACGAUCGGUCUGAAUUCUCUCAUUUUCGAAACACGGAAAAAGGAUGGAAAGUUCUAGAAACUUCGUCAACCAGACGAACAAAUCAGAAGAACUCUUCAAGUGGAUAGGACUCCUGCAAGAUUCUGACAAGCCCGGUUCUGGAACUCCAAGAGUGAUCACCCUUCUUGCUUCUGUUCUUGAGAAGAUGAUUCUCAGAAACAAAGAGAAGAAGGAGGAGAUCACGGUGUUCCACGGCACAAGAGUGCCAACCAUGAGCAUUCAUCAUUACAUAGAGAGAAUUCACAAGUAUUCCGGUUGUAGCCCUUCGUGUUUCGUCAUGGCGUUUGUGUAUAUACAGAGAUAUCUCCAGAGGAUGGAAGGCUUCACGCUUUUAACAUCACUCAACGUUCACCGCCUUCUCAUCACGAGUGUAUUGGUCGCAGCCAAGUUCUUGGAUGACGAGUGUUACAACAAUGCUUAUUACGCAAAAGUGGGAGGGGUGAGCAAGGAAGAGAUGAACAGACUGGAGUUAACGUUCUUGUUCGAUCUGGAUUUCAGACUUAGCAUCACAAGAGAUGCCUUCAAGAAGUACUGUCUGAUGCUGCAGAGAGAAGGAUCCAACGGUCGGCAAAUGGUUGUGCCUUGUCUGUCAAGAAAAGUAUCCACAGUUGUCGGAGAACUGAAGAGCUGUGUCUCCGAAGGCACUGUUUGCAGCUGCCGAGCCAUUUGACAAAACCCAGAUAGAGAUAAUUUUAAACUCUUCAUGACUUUUGUCUCUGUUACUGAAUCUUCAAUGUAGUGUUCUAAUGAUCUCA